AUGGACGCCGAAGAGCUGCUUGUCGAGCUCGAGUUUGAUAUCACGGCUGGUAGUGGCCGCCCAAGCCGCACGCCGUCGGGCCGUUGGCCGGCCCGCACACCUGCGGGGCUGAGCUAUGAUCGCCGCAUUGUAGAGGGCGAGACAGCGGUCCAGACUCAGCCGAACGGGAGCUAUCAUGACCACAGCGAGCUAGACUCGCUUCUGGAGCGCUCACUCCACCGCGUCAAUGUCGAUGGCGAGGCCGCUGUCCGCGAAGAGUCCGCCGCCCGCCUCUCGCUGCUCGAGGCCUACGUUGAGGCAGAAGAGCUGGCCGACGCCUCGCCUGUCCGCCUCCGCACCCUCGCCCGCAAGCAGGAGCAGCACUUUGACCGGAUGGCCGUCGGUCUUCGCUCCCGCAAGCCUGCCCGCGACUCGGAUCUACUCGAUGACUCGAGCGACGCCGAUCCGGCCGCCUUCUGGCGCCCACAACCGCGCCGCGCCCACGUCUCCUUCUCCGCCGCUACCACUCCGGCAAGGUGCCCGGCUCCGCGUGGCCUGGCUGCUUCUAUGGGCUCGCGCCCUCCCUCCGCCUCCCGCCGCCCGGUCCCGCUCAUCUUCUCACCGUCGACCUCACCCAUCCGCAAAGUGGCCUCCCCGCCACCUGCCGCCCGCCCCGCCCCUCGCGCCGCCGCCCUCGUCGCCACCCGCAACUCUCCCGCAUCUACCCGCCGCGAUGCCGCCUCAUCCGAGCCGCUCCGUCUCUCCGCCCUCGACUCGGACGCCGCCGCCGCGAGCUAA